CCCCUGGGGAUGGGGACCUUUCCUUAGGAGUGAGGAUCACCUUGCAGUUCUUUCCAAAAUAGCUUGAAGGUGUUUAUUGGUCACUUCAUUGUUAGGCACUGACUUUCUGCUGGAAGAAUUAAGUAAUACGCAGGGGCGCAGGGCUUGUGAUGUGAAAAGUUUCCAAAGAUUACUCUCUUGAUGUUUUUUAAUUCCUCUUUCUUUGUCUUUUUUAUAUUAUUUGGGACAGUUUUCUGUUGCGGGACAUCCAUAUAUAUUCAGCUCAUGGUCCACAAUCUAAAUGAAGACUUAAUUUAGAAAAGGGUGUACAAUAAUCUUAGAAAGUGAGGGGCUCAAAACUAUACAGUGGUACCUCUGGUUAAGAACUUAAUUCGUUCCGGAGGUCCGUUCUUAACCUGAAACUGUUCUUAACCUGAGGUACCACUUUAGCCCAAGGGGCCUCCCGCUGCCACUGCGCUGCCACCACACAAUUUCUGUUCUCAUCCUGAAGCAAUGUUCUUAACCCAAGGUACUAUUUCUGGGUUAGCAGAGUCUGUAACCUGAAGUGUCUGUAACCUGAAGUGUCUGUAACCCGAGGUACCACUGUACUAGUAAUGUGGGAAUUUCCAAGGCUUUCCGUCUGUAUUUUUUGUACAGAUUCUGCAUGCUUAAGUGUUUGCCAAAGGAGUCAGAAGCUAACACCCUGUUUAUAGUGUUCUGCAUUGUAGUAGUCUAUAGUGAUAAGAAGAGAUAAGCCUGAGACUGGAGAAAGCACAGGUGCCUAGCUCAGUAAGAAUGGCUUCUGGUAGCUGAAAACUUAGAAGUUUGUCUGGUGUGAUGUUGGGCUAAAUUCUGUGAUCUGUAAAUACAUUUUCAAAAAUCUGUCUUGUCUGUAAGCUUCCAGAAAUAAAACAUUUAAUACCCAUUUAACUUUACACAGUGAAUAGGCCUCCUGCAAACUGUCUUUAGUUUAGUCUCUUCAGAGUCAGGGCUCUGGCAUUUACAUCUGAAGGUGUUAGUAAGCUGCUUUGCAGGAACUGAACAUAUACAGAUGAAGACUCUGCAGCACUAUCUUACAUUGCCGCCUCCUCCUCCCCAGCCUGCCUCACUGUAGCCAUGAAAGAGAUGAGGUAGCCGCCCUUGAGCGUGCUAGAAUCUAACUUCAGAUGGAUGCAAAAUAUAAAGACGAUGUAUUUAGGAAGUAUGUACAGUUUCAUGAAUCCAAAUUGAAUACCUCUGACAAGAAGCAGCACUCAGUUAGUGAUGAGUGUCUACAAGUGACAGCUUCAACCUUACUCUGUUUUCCCAAGAUUGAUCCCUUCUACAGAUUCCGGCUGAUAAAAUUUUAUGAGAUAGUUGAAAAUUCACUUAGGUCCUUGAAAUCUUCAAGUUUGCGUUCACUCCAAAAUGCAUUUGGCGUUCUGGAAUCAGUUGGAGUUAAUCUUUUUCUUUACCCUUGGAAGAAGGAAUUCAAAAAUAUAAAGACUUACACAGGACCUUUUGUUUAUUAUGUAAAGUCUACAAUACCAGAUGAGGAUAUAAGACAGAUACUUAACUCAAUGGGAUACAUCCAGGAACUUGGAACUAUGUAUAAACUCAAAGACAUGGUUGAUACCCUCCAGGUAAAGAUGGUAUCAUUUGAACUUUUCUUGGCCAAAUUAGAGUGUGAACAAUUGAUUGAAAUUCAUUUGCAAGUGAAAGAUAAAGGUUACACAGAACUUGAUAUUGUAAAUGAAAGAAAGAAUAGCAGUGAUGUCCGAGGCUGCUCAGAUGCCUUGAAGCGUCGUGCAGAAUGCAAAGAAAAUCUAAACACUUCCAUGUCACGAAUGGUACUUCAGAAAUCUGCAAGUGAGAGAGGCUGUAAAGAUUACUUCAAACCCAAAGUUAGCAAAGCUUCUAAAUCAGUGGAUGCCUAUGAUAGUUACUUGGAAAAUAAGAAGCCACCUUUGAUGACAUCCUUGAGUCUCAGAAAAGAACCCAUUUUGGUUGAUACUGAAGAUGACAUUAAAGAUGAAAUAAUUCGUCCUUCGCCAUCCCUCCUUGCCAUGUCAAGUUCUCCGCAUGGAUGUUCCGAUGAAUAUUUGCCAGUUUCAUCCCAUACCAACGGCAUAUUAAGAACGGGUAUUCCAUACAGUACUUACUAUUCUCCUCAAGAUGAUUUAGAUUUAUAUACUGACUCUGAUUCUAGAAGUAUGUUCAAGAGACAAGAACCCACUAAACAUGAUGUAUGGCUGCUAAAGAACGAUGCCAACCCGACUUACCAUAAACGUACACACCUAGCCAAAGAUACCACUUCCCUUAAGUGCCAAAACUGUGGAUUAUCUUGCGGCACCUCCAUUUGCCAAAAGUGCGACAACUUGCUCAUCUGCAGGCAGGAAUAUCCACCAAUGAAGCAGAGCAGCUAUUCACUCAAAACUCUUGCAAGUGAAGGCAUAUCUUCUGGGUCGGUGAUAAGGGAGAAGCCUCAGUACAUGUUGCAGACUCAAGACCGAGUGUCUCAGUACAGUUCAAAAUCGAAGCCUUCAGGCUCUUCACGCUGUGGAUUUUGCAACAGACCAGGAGCUACAAACACAUGCACUUUUUGUUCAAAAGUUUCCUGCGAUCCUUGCCUCACUGCUUACUAUUAUGAUCCCUGCUGUCGAAAAAGUGAGCUUCAUAGGUUCUUGCCAAACAAUCAGUUAAACUAUAAAUCAAACCAGCUACCACACAUGGUUUAUAGAUAGACCUUUAUUUUUAUCUUCUGUUUUUUGGAAAUCCUAUAAUUUGGGACAAAAGGGCUAAAAACACAAAACAUUCUGAUGUUGCUAGAAGUAUCCUACUGACCUCUUAGGAGAAAUAAAAAAGUAGACAUGCCCUAACAUUGGACAUAUACAUCUUAACAUAGUGCCAGUCUUCAAUGAUGUGACUUUACAAAUGUUGUCUAUUCAAUAAUUGACACUGCUGCUACUGUUUUAGGUGACUCUUAGCUGCUUUUCCAUUCUAGAUGGGAGAGAGGAGCAAUUUUUUCCUUUUUUUUUAGAAGCAGGCAGGCAUUGCAAUUCAUUUUUUUCUAAAGACAUCAUAUGUCUGUGCUUUGUGGCUGUCACACUGCCUCAUCCGCAUAACACAGCACCAGAGUAGUAACUAGACAGAUGACCAAGAAACUAAGAACAGCAUUUUCAGUGAAUUGUGAAAUUGUCUGUUUUGGUAACUUGCACGGAAUAUUCCUUUGUGUUUGCCAAAAAAGUGAUUUUUUUUAUUUUAAAAAAGGAAAAUUAAUAGCAUUACUUAAGCUCCAAAAGGCAAAAUCACCAUGGCAUCUACUCCUUGUGUCUCUUCUACUUUUCCUUCACCAUCUCAAGCAUAUAAAAUCAAAUUCUAAACUGAAUAUUUGCUUUAUUUUUCGGUGUUGCCAAUACACCUUGUGUGUGUGGUUGUUUUUUUAACUGUUCUAGUAUUAAGAAGUGAAUCAGUAUGUGUUACGUUAAGCCUGGAGUGUUCCCAAUGAAUUAUGAUCAGAUUCACCUUCUGUUGCACAUGUAUCAAAUCCAGUUGUUUCUACUGUAAAUAGGUGAUUUGGAAGCAGAUUAUUUUUAAAUAAAUAUAUUCAGUAUGUUGUGGUUUUUUAAAAAUAUAUAUAUAUAAGGUCCUGUAAAUGAAGUCUCUGGGUUAUUUUUUCAGGUAACAUUAUUUUUUCCUUGUACUGUAUUUCACCUACAGCUUAUUACAGCUGUUGUGGUAGACAGGUGUCCCUCAAAUCCAUUAGUCUCUUUGCUUCUUUCACCUGGUUUGAAAUUCUGCCUCUGGAGCUUUGUCAGAGAGAGGUGGGCAAGUCACUUGGCUCCAACCGUUUCAUGCAGAAGUGAAGCUUUUCCCCUUGUGAUGAUUUUUAGCCACAACAAGGAUGUAGAAGAUUCGGCUAUGCAUACAUGCUUUCUCCCAUCCAUGCUCACAGGAGUGUGUUUGCAUAAAGUACACAGCCACAGCGCACUAGAAAUAAUGAUGGUUAAAAUAACAGGGAUUGCACCAUUUCCAGCCAACUGAAAUUUCUUAAGCCACAAAGGAUAUCAAACUGUCCUUUUUAAAUAAUUUGCCCUUUAUGUUUAAUUGCUAUUCCAUUGCAUUGAGUUUUGAACUUUGUGGCAGAUUACAUUUGACCUUAAAACUGUUAAUUUUUAAGAGUGUGGUUGUUGAUUCUAAGACUUGCAGUCCUUUCACCCUUUCUGUGACAGAAGCUUACAUGAAUAGCCAGUGUGUGGCAGGGGUGGGGGUGGCAGAAACAUAAAGGGAUUAAACACAUUGUAGAUUUGGUGAAAUUCUUCUGUUGUGAUUGAGCAUCAAAUACACUGUCUCACAUGAUCUUUGUGGAAUGUUGCCAACAGCAAAGCGUUACCA